AUGCCAUCACUUCCAGACCCUAAAGUCUUGCGGCUGCCGCGGACUGACGUCGACAAUGACUUCGUUCUCGUAAAUGUACAACAGUCUGGGUCUGAUCUUCUCGACUUGAAACUCGUCGCUACUGAUGGCCAGUCUCCUUUCGUCACCUCCGUGCGCCGGGACCAAAUCCACAAGUUGCAGGCUCCUGGUUCGCAGACCGAAUCGGACCAUUGGCAAUCUAUCCUGUCUUCUGUCUUGUUUCAAUCUAUUCCAAAUGAUCCUACUUUGACCGGAGUAGAAGUCGUGGCCAAUGUCUCUUCAUCUCAACUUACUAUAACCAUCCGUAACAAGAUUAGUGGCAUCACUGAUGACGACGAAGAUAUUCAACUAUACGACUGGACGGGCUUUGCUGUAUCCCGAGCUGAUGGACUGGCGUACCAACUAGCAGCUUUUCAAUCUACCGUGGCCGAGCAUCAGAAGACAAUUGAUGACCUGACCACCCAGUUGGAUGACUUGGUCAAGGCGAAGAAGUCUCACCAAGAUGAGAUGCUCAGGAAAUUCGCAGCCCUAUUGAACACCAAGAAACUUAAGAUUCGUGAUCAGCAGCGCCUUUUGGCUCAUGCCAAGGUCGACCCCAGAGCCGCAGAUCAAGUUCAGCAAGCCAGAUCUGGGACCACUCGUCAGCCUGAAACAGAUGACGACGAUGUCGAGGAAACGGAUCUGGGGAAGCGCAUGGACGAAGAAGACGACAUGCGUCAGGAACUUAGUGAAUCCCUGGAUUCUGACAAAUCCGAACUUGAUACUGAGGAUGACGAUAGCGAUGGUGGCUUUGCUCCAGCUCCCAUGCCGUCACAGUCGUCGCACUCUCAAGCACGCUCUCAGACGAAGUCCCCUGAGGUAGAGUUACCGCCUAGAAGGCAAUUGCCUUUCUCCAAGAGGAAUGACCUGAGGCCUGCUUCGCAAGUUCUUCCAAAGUCUUCUUCGCAGACUCUUUCGCAAUCGUCUGCCACCAUACCCUCUUCGAAGCCACCACCAGCAAUGGACGACGACGACGAAACAGACGAUGAACUCUAA